CCCUUUAAAGUUGUGGCAACUGAAACUAUAACUGCAAAGGCAAUAGAGGCAGAUGUAUACAGUGCAGUUCCUACUGAAAAGGUGGACGGAACCUGCUGUUAUGUAACUACUUACAAAGGGCAACCCUAUCUAUGGGCUAGGCUGGAUCGUAAACCUAACAAACAUGCUGAGAAAAAGUUUAAACGAUUCUUGUAUUCCUUGGAAGAUUGCAAAGAAUUUGUUUGGAACAUUGAAGAGGAUUUCAAGCCUGUUCCAGAUACCUGGAUUCCAGCAAAGGACAUAGAGUUCUCUAAUGGCAAUCCCUUGCCUGAUGAAAACGGACAUAUGCCAGGUUGGGUGCCUGUGGAGAAAAAUAGCAAGCAGUAUUGCUGGCACUCAUCUGUUGUAAAUUAUGAGGCUGAAAUAGCGCUUGUAUUGAAGCACCAUGCUGACCCAGGGCUUCUGGAAAUCAGCCCCGUGCCAUUAUCAGAAAUUUUAGAACAAACAUUGGAGCUUAUUGGGACUAAUAUUAAUGCAAAUCCAUAUGGAUUAGGAAGCAAGAAGCAGCCUCUACAUCUUCUGGUGCCACAUGGAGCUUUUGAAAUAAAGAAUCCGCCUCCUUUGAAACAAAAUGAUAUACUGUCUUGGUUUGAAGGCUGCAGUGAGGGUAAAGUGGAAGGAAUUGUGUGGCACUGCAAUGAUGGGUGUUUAAUCAAGCUCCAUCGCCAUCAUCUUGGCUUACGCUGGCCACUUGCAGAGACAUACCUGAAUUCUCAGCCUGUUGUAAUUUCUUUUAAUAGAGCUAAAUAUGACUGUGACUUUGAACCAAAGAGUUUGUUUCACCAUUUUUUGAAGUUGGAUGGUCAAAGAUUUGACAGACUCAAAGAUAUCAAGUUUGAUGCCUGAAAUUAUUUUUACAAGUUAAUUGUCAUAUGCGCUGCAUCCUUUUACUUGUGUCUACCACAGAACUUUUUACAAAUAAUCUUCUAUCUCAGGCAACAGCCUAGGUAACUGUACAAUGUUAAGUUUUUCCUAAGUGACUGAUUUUAUGUAAUGAGAGAUCCAACAUCCAGAGCAGAGAUCUAGGUUUCAGCAUGUUCAUUUUCAGCUUGGAAAAAUCCUUAACUUUU